AUGAGGCGAGCGCUAGGGUCUGAGAUCAAGUCGCUUCAAUACUUUCUGAACCGCACGGUAGUCCUCAAGCAAUACCGUGAGUUUUUACGCAUCACCAAGCCACUGGAAAUCGACGUACGAAUGGACGUGCGGCGCCAGAUUCGCGAAGGCUUCGAGGCAUAUCGCGACGAAGAGGACGAAGGCCACACGAGACUUUUAUUGCGUCAGGCACGCGAGCAGCUCAAGAUGGUGAGCGAACUGGUGGACACAGCGCAAGCUCAACAACGCAGUGAAAGUCGAUCGAGAUUAAAGAAAAAGGCUAUAGAGAAUUUAAGUUGUACAACGGACACUUGGAUGGAUACGCCGUCGAAGGAUGUCGAUGGCACAGAAGACAUAAAGGGUCGUUUAGGAACUGGGUGGCCGUGGAAAAGUGAAAAUCGUACUAACAAGUUCGACUUGAAAGGGAUCAAGCGCCGUUGA